AUGAGCUACCAACAAUCUAGAGGAAUGUCCGGUAACAUGGUGAACCCGAUCAACGAGACCAUGGACAUCAAAGAUCCGUCGCUGGUAUGGCAGCAGAGCGGCCAGUAUUUACCAGACUCUGGCAUACAAUCCGGAGGUAGCACCCAGACGCAUUCUAUAACUACCAAAGAAGAUGAUAUGGAGAGGGACCGACUUUUGUUUGAUCUCGAUCAAGGGUUCCCGCAAUCUUUUCCACAUGACCAAGUCGAAGGCAUGAAUCAACAUUUAGGCCAAACGUGUGGUGAAAAUUUAGAAGAUGAAGUGGAAAUGCCCACCCAAUUCAAUGUCAACAGUGCUGCGAAUGUACAAAAUAUGACUGGACCAAGUCAAAUGUUGAAAUAUGCCGUUGUAAAUUUGAUCAACUACCAAGAUAAUGCCGAACUUGCCACCUGGGCUAUUCCAGAAUUAAUAAAGCUGUUGAAUGAUGAAGAUCAAGUUGUUGUAUCACAAGCUGCCGUCAUGGUUUAUCAACUAUCUAACAGAGAAGCUGCGUUGCAUGCAAUUAUAAACAGCCCACAAAUGAUUGGUACAUUAGUUAAAUCUAUAUCAAACAGCAAUGAUUUGGACACCACAAUUGGAGCAGUUGGAACAUUACGAAAUUUGUCUAAUCACCGUCAGGGCUUGUUAGCAAUUUUCAAGAGUGGAGGAAUACCAGCUUUGGUAAAAUUAAUGAGCUCUCCUGUUGUAACCAUUUUACGAGAUGCUGUGAUAACUAUUCAUAAUUUAUUAUUGCAUCAAGAUGGUUCUAAAAUGGCUGUUCGUGUAGCUGGUGGCUUACAAAAAAUGAUUUCUUUAUUGACAUUCAAGUCGAAUAGCCAUUCGAUUACCGUUAAGUUUUUAACUAUCAUCACCGAUUGUCUGCAUAUUUUGGCUUGUGGAAAUCAAGAAAGCAAAUUGAUAAUACUAGCUGCACAAGGACAUGUGGAACUUGUGCGUAUUAUGCGUUCAUAUAAUUAUGAGAAAUUAUUAUGGCUCACUUGUCGUGUUCUUAAAGUUCUUUCUGUGUGCUCACGAAACAAGCCAGCUAUUGUGGAAGCCGGUGGAAUGCAAGCUUUGGCAAUGCAUCUUCAACAUGACAGUCAGCAAUUAGUAUAUAAUGUUUUAUGGACUUUGAGAAACUUAUCAGAUGCAGGAACAAAGGUUGAUGGAUUAGAACAACUAUUGCAAUCGCUAGUUGCAGCAUUGGGUCACACAAAUAUUAAUAUUGUAACUUGUGCUGCUGGAAUAUUAUCGAAUUUGACAUGUAAUAACCAGAGAAAUAAGUUGACCGUAUGCCAGUUUGGAGGUGUUGAAGCUCUUGUACGUGCAAUCAUGAACGCUGGAGACAAUGAGGAGAUAACUAAACCUGCUGUUUGUGCUUUAAGACAUAUAACAUCAGGACAUGCUGAAGUUGAAAGUGCUCAAAAUGCAGUUUGUCGAUCAGGUGGUGCUCAAGUUGUGGCCAAGCUAUUACAACCAUCAUCUCAUUGGCCUCUUAUUAAAGCUGUAAUUGGUUUGAUAAAAAAUAUAGCACAGUGUAAAGCAACUCAUGGGUUACUUCGUGAACAUAAUGCCAUACACAAUUUAGUAGGACUUUCAAUGCGUGCUUUCCAAGAUCUUCAGAAUCAUUCGAAUACUAGUGUAAAACCAGAAGGAGUCCGAAUGGAAGAGGUUAUCGAAUGUGUUAUUGGAACGUUACACAUAUUAGCUAAAGAAUCACAAAGUCGAUCGAUAAUGCGUUCUCAGCAAGGAUUUAUGGCUAUAUUAAUACAGUUACUAUUUAACAACUUUGAAAAUAUACAACGUUUAGCUGCUGACACAUUAAACGAGUUAGCUGCGGAUAAAGAAGGUGCUGAUAUGAUAGAAGCUGAAGGAGGAACUGCCUCGCUUAGUGAAUUAUUACAUUGUGGAAAUGAAGCUCUUGCUACAUGUGCAGCUGCUAUUUUAUCUAGGGUUUCUGAACAUAAAUUACAAAAAUGUCUGUCUAUGGAACUCAGUAACUCAUUAUUUAGCGAAGAUCAAAAUUUAUGGCCAUCUGGUGAUCUUGGUAUAGCACCAGAUCUUCAGGACAUGAUAGGUGCGAACGAGUAUGAUAUGUAUGGUCAAGGAUUGAGCACUGUCUACAGUGGUGUAGGGUCACCCAAACACAGUGCUUCAGGGUAUGACGCGCUACCCUUAGAUUCAAUGGAAGGAUUAGAAAUUUGUCCUCAACAAGAUUCCAGUUAUGGCUCAAUGGAUGUCGAUUUUGUUAUUCAAAAUGAUAUGACUUCUUUGCCACUCUAA